AUGGAACACCUUCUACCUACCGGGGUGCACAUCAUCCCCUCUAACCUCCUCGAUCUACGCCCAGACGCCGACAUAGACUUUGACCUCCUACAUCCACAACCAGUAAAGGGCGUCAAAAACAUAUGGCUUUUCUGGCACUCAGGCUAUGCCAACAUGCACCCAUACACGCAGCGCUCAGUGCGCGCAUGGCACCGCCGAUUCACCAAGCAAGGGUGGACUGUUCGAAUCAUCGACCGGCAACCUGGAUCAAAAAGCAAUAUCGCCGAGUUCUUGGAUGUCACCGAUCCAGCACUUUUUCCACGCGCUUUUACAGAUGAGACUCUCACCGGCCCUUACGCGCUACAACACACUUCUGACCUUGUUCGUUGGCCACUGCUCCUACGAUAUGGGGGUGUCUAUGCGGACGUGGGUAUGAUGCAAAUUGGCGAUCUCGAUACAUUAUGGAUUGAGACAAUUGCAAACCCUGAAUCUCCAUACGAGGUUCUAUCUUAUACACCCAGUGGCGAAGAUCAUUACAGUUUAUGCAAUUAUUUCCUCGCCGCAUUGCCAGAUAACGCACUCUUCACUCGCUGCCAUCGUCUACUUCUCGCCCUCUGGGGCGCGGGUGAUGGUAAAACAAGCACCGAUGGCAUGCAUGCUAGCCCCCUCCUUCAAGGUGUUCCUCUGAUGGGUGGUGAGUUUACAAUUACCGAAGAUGAUGGGACUUUCAUUGGUCCCGCCGAAGUCAGCCGCCUUUUGACCGACUAUAUCAUUCAAGGCCAGGUGGCUACUGCAGUAAUGGGAUUGGUCGAUGCUGAAGAUAAUUGGGACGGUCCGGCCUAUUGCAUGGAGCACUUUUAUGCGAUUGAGUUCAUGGAAGGGUCGCAACUGAUUAAUGAGUUAACUUCCUGGAACGGACAGGAGGCAUUCGAUUUGUUGUCACUACCAAUGCCGAAAGAGGGGGAGGAGGAGUCUGGAAAACAAAAGAAAGCUCGUGAGAUCGUUGACGCCUGUCUGUCGCGCAGCUUUGGAUUCAAACUUGCUCACGGGCUCAUCCUGCGGGUCAACAAGGUCACUCUUGGCUCUCUCUGGAGAGACAACCCGGGGUCCGAUGUUAUACCUGGCACAUAUGCGAGUUGGCUUCGCCAUGGGAUUGCCUACUGGAAUCAAAACAAGGUGCCUGGACGAGUGGCGCUCUCGGUUAUCCCUCCCACCAAGGUUGGGAAACUACUCAUGUGA